AAAGUAUUUACUAGUUUAAACCUCAGAACAUUAGAAUCAAAUUGUAGUAAAAAUUAUUUGUUUCAGUUUGAAUUCCAUUCUGCAUUAACUCUGUGUUAAAAAGCAAUCAUGUACCUGACAGAAGUAAAAACUCAUUGGAAAGAUAUAUUUAUUCUAUCAAAUAUUAUUUUAAUUAUAUUCAGUGCUACGUUAAUCGGAUUAGCUAGUCGAGUACUGGAUGUUCUGUCGAAUUAUAGCAUGGUUUUGGAUAUUGCAGCACCAGUUAUCUUUCCAAUUGUUAUCGUGACAGGAAUUCUUGGUAUAUUAGCUGUUUCGGUUGGAAUUGUAGGAUUAUGGAAUACCAGGAAUAUUUUUAUUAUAUCGCAUAUUAUUGGAUUGACAAUUGCAACAAUCAUUGAAGUUGGCAUUUCAAUAAAAUCCUCUGUGUCCAGUGAUCAAUUUUUCACUGAAAUGAAUCGUACUUUAUGGAAUUCAUUGAAAUAUUAUUGUAAACAUCCAAUGUAUGAAAAUCAAAUUGAUAAUCUAUACAGAGUUUUUCAAUGUUGUGGAGUUAAAGCAUCCACUGAUUAUGGUAAAGAGAGUAUACCGUUCUCUUGUAAACAAGGAAAUAUAAUUUAUUCUAAGGGUUGUGCUGAUGUACUAACUGAAUACGUAUAUAAAUACGAAAUGAUCGUAAUCUAUGUUUGUUUCGCAUUCGCUGUAUUCAAAGCGAUUUAUUUGGUCGCUACAACGAUUAUAAACCAUCAAUCGGAUAGAAACAAUGCAUCCAUGUAACAGUUAUUCAGUGUCAACAUUUCAAAUACCGCUAAUUCAAAAAAUGUUGGUAAUUUGUCUCGAUUGCAUUGGCAACAAACUGUUCAAACUGUUAACAUGAUUUAAACAAAAAUAUACAUGUAAAGUUUUUGAUUAAAAUUUACUAAUAUUUCAUUUUCAUUUUAUUGGUUUUCCUGUGCAAACUUAAUCUAAUAAUUGUUUCAUGUUAUUUGACAGUAGAUUUUAUCCGAAUUAUUUUUCCUGUUAAAUUUUUUAAAUAAAAAUCAUCUACACUACUUAUAAUAAUUUUUAAAAAAAAUGAGAUUUCUUG